CUCCUUCCAUCACUCUCGACCCGGCUUUCUCGGUAUGUUCGGCUCGUUCUAAUGUGUCGUUUAACUUUUCAUGAUUAUCUGAAUCUCAUGUUCCAGUCGUGAAGUACAAAGAAAUUGUUGAAAUUGUUUUGACAAAAUGUUAAACUUUAUGAAUAAUUCAAGAAAGAACGAGGCCGAUAAUGGAACAUACAGUAACACUAACGUACCAGUUACGGUACAACAAGGUUUAUCUCUUAGCCCAUAUAUGAAUGUCGACCCAUCAUAUCUUCCCAUUAGUCAACCAGAAUUUAUAUUUCCUGAGGGUGGUGUAAAACAAAGGGGUCGUUUGGAAUUAGCUUUUGGCCAGAUUGGAACAGCAUGUUUAUUGGGUGCAGGAAUCGGUGGAAUGUCUGGUUUAUAUAGAGGCAUUAAAGCAACAACUAUUGCUGGUGAAACUGGCAAACUCAGAAGGACACAAUUGAUCAAUCAUGUUAUGAAGGGUGGUGCCAAUAUGGCAAAUUCUUUCGGUGUAUUAACGAUAAUGUACACAUGUACUGGCAUAACUAUUACUUGGCUCAGAGGAACUGAUGAUAGUUUCAACACAGUGGGCGCAGCAGCUGUGAGUGCUGCAUUGUUCAGAUCUGCUGCUGGAGUUAGGAAAGCCGGUUUCGCGGCUGGUAUCGGGGCAGGUCUCGCAACGAUAUAUAGCAUAUGGAGCAACGGUGGCUUCAACGGUCUCUUUUCCUCGCAGCGUGCAAAAGAUUGGGGGUUUCGGUCGUAAAAGUACGUGUAUAUAUAUAGUAAAGUAUUUAGCUAAAUUAUACUUCUCCUGUAUAUUUUUACGUUACAUUUCGCAAUCGUUACCCCACUCCAUCACAGAAACCAUAGCGCUGAAGAGUGUUAAAGAAGACAAACUAUACGAAUCUAUUUAUAGAUGGAAUAUAUGGAGAAUAUAAAGAAUAAAUUGUUAAGUGAUAGUGUACCUGCUGUGUUGCAGGCUGUACUAAGGAAAUAACAUGACAAGCGCGUACAAGAGAUACGUAUCGAUGUUUUGUAAUUCAGAUAGAAAUUAUAAGGCGAAGUAUGAAGGCUUGCGCGACAUCGGAAUUGGCCUUGUCAUGUGUGAGAUGUGAAGUGACACAAAGAACUUUCAUUCACUAAGUGCUUCAUUUAUCUCGGUAGAGAAGGCUGAUUUCUCCCAUGUAUAAAACCACGAAUUUUGUACAAUAGUCUUGGUGUACAUGUUGUACCAAAGUUAGUAUCUAAUAACGUAAUAAAUGGAGGCUUGUAAUGAGAUUCUACGAGGAAGUGUUCGCUGAGAUGUUUUGACACGCGACAUUUGUAUUGAAUCCACAUUUGACAGGGGAAACAAAUUGGAUCGAAUACUGCUAUUUCACGGACAUCUUGUGUAUUUUGCGUUAGUACAGUAAAUAAUAUACGUCUAACUCGUUAGAUGUUACGUUUUAAGGAGUAGUAUGCAAGAAAAAAGAAAAAGAUAAUAAAUCCAAUUAGACCGAG